AUGUCUGAAUUCGUUUGCUUUGUAGUAGAAGGAUAAACUCAUUACAUUGAAGCUAGCAAGUGUUUAAGUAUGACUCUCCAAACUGAGAAAAAAGGUCUUGUAAGCAGAUUAAUCUUAUGAAAAGGUAUAUACUGCCACUAUGCCAAAAUGGCUAACGAUGGAAGCUUUCUCUGUUUUUCAAUAGUUCCUCAAUAAUUAAUUGGAUAUUCAGAAAAAAUACACUGAUUAAACUCUAUAGAGAUUAUUAUGGUUAGGAGAUCAUUUGUAAAUGGAAUUCUUUUAAGAGACUGUAAUUCGCGAUCUCAUUUUAGAUAGAGUCAGUGUUUAAAAUUGCAUUUUGUUUUUAAAUGAAGCAUUCAAAAAGUUGAAAGCAUGUGAAGUAAUAAUGAAAUUUCAUUCAGGAUUCUCCAGAAGUGUGGUAUUAGAUGUUAAAUGUAUGUAUGAACUUUACAGCAAGAAAUUUAUUACUUAUAUAUUAAUCUAAUCCAAUGGAUCUCAAUAAAAUCAACUAGAAAGUUAUUGAAGAGAUAUUAGAAAGAGCAUUAAAACAUUAUCGUAAAAAGAAUAAUCCUGAACUCUUAUAGAUAGUAUAAAAGAUUAGGAAUUGUUAAGACAUAGUUUAAAUUAUUACUUAACAAAAAUAAACUGUAUUGGCAAAGAAGAUCAAUUAUUAAACUCAUCCAAGUAUAAAUUGGAAAUUAUCAAAUCUAUCAUCAAUAAUAAAUAAAGAAACAUAAUAAUUUAAAUUUUCAGAUUUCACAUGGAAAUUAGUAGCUAAAAUGGAAGAUAAAGUCUUGAAAAUUUAUCUUAAAUUAGAAGAUAUUGAUCCUGAAUUAAAUUUAAGAAUUAUUGCUCUUUAUUUUUAAUUGUAACUUUCAUAAUUUGGUCUAGAACCAUUGAAAUUAGUUAAUUUAGUAGCAAGUAAAGGAAAUAAAAUUCUCUUAUGUGAAUUCAAUGGUAUAUUAUUAAUAACUAGAUUAUAGAUCUAAAUAAAUUUGAUUAACAAAAAUUGGAAUUUACAGUAUAUCUAAACACAGAUCAAGUAUUGACUUUGUGUUUAAAUCAUCUAUAUUACAAUUUAAAUCCUACAUAUAAUUUAAGCAAACUCGAUUUGGAUGAUAGUUUGAUUUUAUUAGCAGCUACUCCUCAAAUAUAAUAAGCAUAAGAAAAGUCAUUUCAAUUACUUUUAGAAUUUGGUAUAUUAUUUAAUAUAUUAAUUUUAGUACCUUAAUUAAAUCCGAAUGAUUAUGAAAGAUGUAUCAAUUAACUCAACAUGUCAUUAAUGAAUACAGAAUUUUUAAUGAAAUAUAUCAAAUCACCUUUACAUUAGUUUAUUUAAUAUGAAUUAGACAAGAGAUAACCAUAAUAAUAGAGAUCUUAUUCUGUUUCAAAGGAUUCAAAAAGCUCUUCAAGAAUUUUAAGGUAGGUUAGUGCAGGAGGAAGUAAGAAUGAUAAAUCAGGAGAUUAAUUAGUUAAUCGAAGUUAAAGCAGUGAAAAAUUACAUAAUGAAAUGCCAAUAAAUAAAUUAUAAUAAUUAAAGAAAACUCCAAGUCAAUAGAGAUUUGAAUAAUAGUAAAUAGUUAAUAGUGGAAUUAGUAAUUAAUCUGCAUUAUAUUCUCGGAAACAAUUAUUUGAUGAGAUUAAUAUAGUUAACUUUUUAAAAGUGAAAGAUCCUUAACUUAUAUAAGAAUUGAAUGAAUUGAUUAGAAUUUAUUAUUGA